UUUAUUCGGUGAACAAAAGAUAACAUUAUAAUGGAGCGCUGUGUAUUACCAUUUGAAAAAAACAUUUCUGAUUUGAUUUUAAAAUGGCGGAUGUCUCAAGUGAAGACCGAAAAGUAAAGUUAACUAAAAAUGGCAAAAUUGUGAAAAGGCGUACACGAAACCCAGAAGAAUGGCACAAACAAAAGCAAAAACGACUCCGAAUAGCUGGACUGGAAUAUAUCAACGCAAACGGGAAAGUUGUUCCUCCAAAACAACCGGGACCUGAUUGCAACUGCCGCCGACAAUGUUUCAAAAAAGUCCCUCUAGAUGUGCGAAUGAAAACAUUUCAAGGCUUCUAUUCCAUGAAAACGCACGACGAGCAGAAUGCCUAUUUAUUUGGACUCAUGAGACAAGUAGACGUCAAGCGAAAAAGGGUUAAAUCUAGCAGCCGUCGAACUUGCACCUUCGAAUAUUUCGUAAGAGUCAAAGGGCGAGAGACCCAAGUGUGCCAGACUGCCUUCAAAAAUAUUCAUGCAAUAACAGAGAGAAAAGUAAGAGUAUUGUGCAAAAAGAUGGAUGAUGGAGUAAUGUUUCCAAGUGAUAAUAGAGGGAAAAACAGUCAUAGAAGAUCUGGGGAAGUGCGACUCCCAAAUGGUGUGAUCGAUCAAAUCAAGAACCAUAUCUACUCCAUUGUUCACACUCAUAGACUGAAGGAUUUUAUUCGGCUGGACAAAAUUGCUGGGCUAGAAAUAAAUAUUUCCAAAAUGUGGAAGGAUUACAUAAAGACUUACGACCCAGACAACAUAACAGCUACUAUGCCUAAAUCCAAACGCAGUACAGAUAUAGCUUUACAAACUGAACCAACUCAGCAAAUACAGAAUCCACCCCCACAAGAAACCUUCGCUCCCAUUGCAUACCCAGGCAGUGGACACCUCGUAAACAUAGCAGAGAACUACUUUGAGAACCAGUAUCAAACGGCACUGGCCACUACUAAUUCUACAAAUUUUUAUCCAACACAAAACGGGCCUCAAGGUAUGGGUAUCAUCCUACAGUCCACUGUGACUAGAACUACCCAACCAACAGCUUUCAUAUUGUUGCAGACAAAGUCUGAACCUCAACACACUGAUAACAAUACACUGGCUAUCGCCAAUGCCCCUUACAAUCACAGCCCUGAGCUCGAAGAUGAUACAAGCGAGAAAGAUGUCAAAAAAGUAAAGAAGGAAAGAAAAAAGGGCCCACUUGUCAAACAAUGGAGAUACACCAACAUAUUUCACGAUGAGAUCAACGGUGCUGCUCUAGCUGCAAUCAAAACGAGGCUUGGAAUGUACUAUGCAGAAAGUGAUGCUGCAAGAAAGAAGGCCAAGCAGGCUCGGCCCCAAGAAACUGUACAGAUACAAGCCCCCGCUGAGCCUCCACAAAUACGAACAGAACUCACAACUAUUAGACCUCCACACCAGCCUAUCAGGCCUACACAUACUGUAACAAUUUAUACAUAGUAUUCUAACUUAUUUAAGGAUUUGUUAAUGACUGAUCUGCUAAUAUUUAAUAAUUCCCUGAAUCACAUUAGAAGUAAGAUUUGAUGAA